AUGCUCCAAGGUGUACCGACCAAUUCUGAAUUACAAGCUGCAACUCUACCCAAAUUGCCGCCAGAAGAAACUGCCAAUAUGCUGCUGGAGUCGGCGUACCUGUAUACCCAGUCGAGAUGGUGUCUUGUGGACUGGGUAAGAGUGCGCGAAUGGCACCGCCAACGUGAGACCAUUUGUUAUUCCGAAGAACAGGAUGAACAGGAGGCACAAAUAGGGGCGUACUUUGUCUGGAUCAUUUACGCUCUGGGAGCUGGUUUUGUCCAAACCCCUGAGAUUCCAGCAAGGGCAAGAACCACGUCGACACUUUGCAUGCUCCAUGCUAAUCAUUUCGGCCAGGCCUACUUUGCUCGUGCUCUCAAGUACCUUCACGCCGUUCUCCGCCCACAGAACCUGACGACUGUGCAAGGUCUACUCGCCAUGUGCCAAUACCAUGCACGUGCUGUGGGAGGACCUUCUCUUUGGCAUUUAUCAGGCAUCAUCACCCGCCUAUGUAUUGAACUCGGCUAUCAUCGCAAGAGUAAACGGGAGAUAAGCGCACAAGACCCGCGUAUCAUAGAGCAACAGAAGCGAGCAUUUUGCGUGAUCUCCACCAUGGCGAAGCGCCCCUUCGGAAUUCAGGACGCAGAUAUCGAUGUUCAUGUGCCGGUCGACGUCUGGGUCGAGAGCACCGAUGAUGAACAUAUUCGAACCCUCCAACUCCAACAGGAAGCUGGAGACACGAGUCCGUCGGGGGUCGAAAUGACCACUAUGUCAUCAGCUUUGCAUCAUCUACGAAUGUACCGGCUGAUUUCCGAGAUCUGGAGCCGGUUCUAUGGCCCGCGUGCUCUCCCUCCAACCCAACAAGAUAUCCAGAACAUUCUAAUUGCUUUGGACGAAUGGAAGGCACAGGCGCCUUAUAGUGAGUCGCCAAUCAUCCCAAAAUACAAUGCCGAGAGGCGGCAUGGGUUCUAUCUCCAAACCCUCCUUCUUGCAAUUCGCCCGGUGUUGAUGCAGGAGGCCGUUGAACCUGGACUGCUUCGUCUGUGUGCCGAAAAAGCUGUCGAUGCGUGCGAGACAGCCAAAACCUUGAGUUUGAGCCCGCAGACAUAUCCUGCGCUGGUUGAUCUGUACCAGACCUUCUACACGGGUACUGUGGUCUUACAGUGUCUAGCCCUGCAGUCGGACAUUCUGCCCUCACGACGCUUUGUCCGGGCAAUAGUGGCCUGCUCUAGCGGUUUAGCCGUAUACUCGCGACAUUUCCCCUCUGGGGCUCCAUUCAUGGAGCUUUUCGAAAAGCUUUCGGAGCCGUUCCUUGGUCAGUCUGACAACCUGGAUGAAAGCUGGAGUACGCGUAGCACGAUGCCACGCAUGAAACGUUUGCUGCAGGAGAUCAUGUCCAGUGACCCCUCCGAGACUGCAAGAAUGCUCAAGUCGUUGGCAGCUGGUGACACACCCUUCCUGGCAUCGACGUCGGUGGAGGUGGAUGACGCGGUCCCAGCAUACCAUCCACCGAUGACGGGCGAUUUUCCAAACUUGAUAGGGUUGAGCGAUGCUACCAUGCCGUUGGAUAUGUCUUUCGAUGUGUUUUCUUCCAUGAACUGCACGCAUCAGGAAUUGAUUGACUUUUGGCACACGUCUUGA